GUCUCAGGCCCAAAAUACGAAAGGGUGAGUGAUUUUGCUUUGUGCCUUUUGUGGUGGCAUGGUGGAAACAAGGGGAAAGAAGAAAGAGGGAAAUGGGGGAGAGAAGAAAAACAGGCGCAAACAAGAAGAUAGAGUGGCCGCUCAUCAAACCGAAGGCCAAUCUCCAGAUUAAUCGCCUCAAAGACACCGAUCUCUUCACUGUGCAGAAUUUUUUCACAUCUCCUGAAUCAAAGGCAUUCAUUAAAACUGCAGAAUCGAUUGGUUUUGUCCACCAAGGUAGUCUGGGGCCAACAAAAGGAGAAGCUUAUAGAGACAAUGACCGAAUUUCUGUGAAUGAUCCUAUCCUAGCAGAUUCAAUAUGGGAGUCAGGGCUUAACAAAUUGUUUUCUGAUAUUAAAAUUCGCGGAAAAGUUGCUGUUGGGUUGAAUCCAAAUAUCAGAUUCUACAGGUACAAGGUUGGUCAGCGCUUUGGAAGGCACAUCGAUGAAAGUGCUGCUCUUGGAGAGGGGAAACGCACUCAUUAUACAUUGUUAAUAUAUCUAAGUGGUGGUUCUGAGCCCAAAACUAAAAAUGAUCCGAGCAGCCACUUGGAUUCUUCCUCAGAGCCUCUAGUUGGAGGGGAGACGGUUUUCUAUGGUUCAAGAAACCGUGUUGUUGCAGAGGUUGCUCCUAUGGAAGGGAUGGCUCUCCUUCACAUUCACGGGGAUAAGUGUAUGUUACAUGAAGCCCGGAAUGUUGCUAAGGGUGUCAAGUAUGUGUUUCGAUCAGACGUAGCUUUUGCGUGAUGAGUUCCACACGGUGUUUAACAAAUCUCUCCAAUUUAAGUUUAUGAGUGGCUUAAUCUUUCUGACUCUCUCAUUCUUCAUCCUUGGCAAACCAGCAUUUCCAUCCGAAUAGUGCUUCUCAUACAAUAUUGCUUCUUGACUGAUUCGGAAAUGAGAACCAUACAUGUAUAAAUGUGCCCAUUGCUAAAAUCUGCGUGUAUUCCUGUACUUCUAAAUUAUUUUGAUGGGUGCUUUUAGCAUCCUUCAUUUUUUUUCUUGAUCAUUCUGGCAAUGCUCGAUUGUUGUGUAUUCACACAUUAAUAUAUUUCCUUUUGGGUAAUGACCAAAGAUGUGGUUAGCAACUUAGCAUUAA